AUGUUUUUAAAUUCAAAAAUUAUUUUUAUGUUGAUUCUUGGCAAUUUUUUAAUUAUUAAGGCAGACAUACAGAAUUUGAACAGAAUAUUCUCUUCAGACCCUCAAUCUUCAAGCAGACGCCUUAUUAGACAAGCACCUUUUGACAGCGAUGAAGACGCCACAGGGGGAGCUUCACCUGACAAUGGGAACUUUGAUGGUGAAGGGGCAAAGGAAGAGGAAAACUCUCCGGAUACUAUGAUGAUUUAUGAUGAUGAUUCUCCUGUUACCGAAGAAAGUGAAGGGAAGGAGGGGAAAGAGGUAAAGGUAACAACUACAAAUAAUCAACAACAAACUUCAACAAUAAAAACAACAAUUGCAAGUACUUCAACAAUCAAGCCAGAAACAAUAACAACAAAUAAUACCCCCAAAAAUAUAACCAAAAUUGAGAAGAAACUUGCCGGAAAACUUGAAACUUUAAAUUCUGAUAAAAAUACAACUUUUCCGGGAAUAAAUAAUAUUAAUAUUAAAUCAGAAAAAGCUUCUAUUAAAAAUGAAGAAAAUUUCAAAAGCAAAAUACACAGAAAGAAUUGUAAUAGUGAAGUAAUAAGAAGAAUAAUACUUGAGGUGUUUAAUGACAAUAAUAUUGGCGCUAGACCUUCCGUUGCAAAACGUAAAAUCCAAUCAAAAGCAACCGAUCAAAUAGGCGGCAGAAUUGACGUGAUUUGCUCUCGAAAGGCCUUUAGCUAUGUUGUUAAUAGUGAGGUAUUCUGCGAAGUGGAGAAGGCGGAUAUUGUCUGUCUCUGUUAUAAACAGCAAGGAUGAG